AUGAUUGUUCUCCCAAGACUUCCUGCGGCGCCACCCAGGAAACGAGGCCCCGACUUCUACAACAGACAUGACUCGCCGGCAGCUUAUAAUGGCAGCCUCGUCAAGCAGACGCUCCUUCAACAUCAGCCGCAGACACAGCAACAUCUGCCCAUAUGUCGCCCUCUGCCAACGGUGCCCUCACGGAUCGAGCGAUUACCCAGCGAGCUCCAGCGAAUGGUCUUUUCGCAUCUCGACUACCAGGCCCUCAUUCAUCUUUCCACCCUGAAUCGCUACUUUCACCGCACCAUACAACCUCGAAAGAUGGCCGAUCCUGUCGAUAUGGCCCAGUUCGUGAUGCGAGCCGCCAAGGACUUUCCUCAACAUCGCCCGAGCGAGAAGGGCCACGACUAUAGGCCGGGAAACUUUGAGUGCUACAUCUGCUUUCGAGUGCGCUCGCCAGACCACUUUGACAUGUUGCAGCCUCAAGCCGCCUUCGUCGAUACAACAGGCCGCAUAGUCCGCGGACGGGACCCCGAUCCGCGUAUCGACAGGCAGGUGAUGCUUCGUCGAUUCUGCAUAGACUGCGGCGUCUGCGAGGGCAUACAUGCCCCGUUCGACUGUUUGACCACGAGGACGGGCAGAGAUUUACUGUCCAUUGCGGCCAAGACGGAAGUUGUUGAUGUGACGAUCCGGAGACCCCCCGUCUCCUCAUUAAACAUCUUUGGCGGCGCCUUCCGCGUCAAAAUGCCAUUGUUCCAGGCUACUGAUGUCUAG